AUAAUCGUUAUCAUUAUAUCGGUUUCCGAUUUUUUAGUAAAGUUAGGCAUUUUGCUUAAAAUAGAACUUGGUUUGUGCUUUUUUUUGAAAAUUUAUUUUGAAAACAUGGAACUGGAAGUUAUCAGCACACUGGAUUCCAAUUCCAGUCGUAUUAACAUAUUCGACGUAUUCGACAAUUCCCCAACAUCAUCAUCCCUAUCAGAUUCUGAUCCAAGUUUACUUAUUGAAGAAGAAGAACCACCGAAUCCAAAAAAGCGAGCAGAAUUGUAUCAGUGGUUGAAUACCUCGUAUUAUGGUAGUAUAAUACGGAAGGUUAGUGCACAGGUACCCUACCAGCCGGACUAUGUACGAAUUGAAGAUAACUCGACGAUUCCAAUUUUUGAUAACGAAGAAGAUUAUAACGAAAUCGUUGGCGGCGCCGAAGGAAACUCGUUGCUCAAUGAGCACAAAAUUCAGAUUGAUCUACAGCCGAGUAGUACUGGAAGCAGGAGGAGUACGGAGAGUUACGAGCUUUGUAAAAGUUGCACAUCCCGCUACACCCGCCAUCGUACUACCUAUCACGCCCGAAUAAUUUGGCUUAUUUUGACUACCGUAGCCCUUUCCUCAUCAUUUUUCCCAUAUGGUCUAUUUUCGGUUGUACUUCUCCUAUUUAUUCCUCCUCAAAUACGAAGACCUAUUUGUAAAAAGUGUAGAACCUCUUCGUUUUGGGGAUUUUGAUUUUAUAUAAUAGUUUAAAUCAGUUUGAUAAUUAGAUAACUAUGUAUUUCGGAAAAAAAUAUAUGAUCUCAUUGAUUUUUUUGUACACUUUCGAUUUUUUUUGUAUUUAGAAUAUUUAUAUGAUUUUUUAAUAAAUAAAAAUUUUUGGAAAAAAA